CGACGACGACGAAGAAGAAGAAGAAGAAGAAGAAGAAGAAGAAGCCGAAGACGUCACUAGUGUGUGCUGCUGACCUCUACUUGUACAUCGAAUAUUGAAAUGGCGGGUAGCAGACUGGAGAAAUUUGGAACUGUGUUCAACCGGGUUCGAGAUCUGAUGCGCUCCGGAGUCAUACAGCCAACAGAGAAACCCCUCUGGUAUGAUGUAUACCAGGCUUUUCCACCAAAGAGGGACCCGCUGCAAGUGAAGCCACGCAACAGACCCAGUAGCCAGAAGCGGGAAACAGUGCAUGAUAUCUUCUAUCAGGAGGAUGAAGUCAGAGCGAAGUUCUAUGAGCAGUAUGGGGCGGGUCCUUGGCCUCUUGAUCUCACCAAAUCGUCUUAUGUGUCUAUGUGUCAGAGAUUUGUAAACAAGUACACAGAUUUGAAGAGACACAGCGAGCUGGACGAGUCUGCUCUUUUUGAGGAGACUGGGAAGGCUUUACUCUCCGAGGGCCUUGUGCUGAGAAGAAAAGGAGCUUCAUCUGUGUCAGCGGAGUCCAAGGAACCGAUGCUCAGGCUAAAGCUAACAGACAUGCUGGCAGAGAAGCAGUCAGUCGGUGUCGACAGCAAGGAGACCAUGGACCAGACUACGCAAAUGGAGACACCACCCAUAGACCACAGCAACUCAAAAACCACUGGAUGAUUUGCAAAUUCUCUCACUUAAAGAUAUGAUGUUUGGGUGACUGUGCUGAAGCUGUGGUUCUGUUUGUGCUUCUCUUAUGGUAGUGCUGGACAUCUUUAUUGUGACCAAGUCAGGACACACUCAUCAUGGAUAGCAACAAACAUCAGGAACUGCUCUCUGGACUGUUUGAAUGUCAUCUCCAUGUUUCUUAGACUGAUGCCACUUAGACCUAAAGUCUCACAGCAUUAGCACACCACCAACAGGCUGUUGUCAUUAAAGUGUUAAAAAAGCCCAAAACCCUAAGUCUACGUUGCAACAGAGAAUGGGCCCAGAAAACGAAA